UAUAUUGUCAAAUUCAAGGUCAUAAAUGGUAGACAACCUUUUUUUUUAGUUUUUCUUGUAUAUAAAUCUUUCCAGUUCUAAGAUAUUAUUUAAAAGUUUUAUUGUAAAAAAAUUAACAGUGUUUUAAGUAUGACAGUCAUAAAGGGACAAAAAACCUACUUUAUUAAACCUGGCUCCACACAAGGUUCAGAUACUGAAUCGUUGCAUUUGAGUAGUGCUCCAGCAAGUGAUACUGAAUCACUAAACAACGAAAAUAUCGAAAGACCUGUAAGGACACAUCCAUUUAAAUAUUUACUUACAGAGGAACCAACUCUCUAUAAAAAGUCAUUUGGAAGAAGAAAACUGAGACGCUAUCAGAACAGAUGUGUUUUGCAAACUUUACAGGAAGAAGAUGACAGUGCUUCAGUUAUUGUGUUUGAAUCAAAUAAAAGUCCACUUACGAGGCUUUUAGAAGACGAUAUUGCUAUUGAGUUUUGGAAUAAAUUUAUUGAGAAAUCAGAAGAAGAACAAGAGAAUAUUUUGAAUUCACUGUCAGUGAAAACAGAAUUGAAAUCUAAAAUUUCUGAUAAUGGAAACAAUAAUGAAAUAAGAGGUUGGAUUUCAUCUAAAACAAAAAGAACAUUCAAAUUAAAGAAGAACCUUUCCCUUGAAGCUAUUAAAAAUUAUGAGGAUGAUAUGCUCAAAUUCUUUUUAAAUUCCCCAUUUGAUGUAUAUGUAAAAGUUCCAUUAACAAGUUUUGAUAGGUUGUUACUGAGAGCAAUAGCAAGAUAUCAUGGUUUGCAGACCAAAACUGUUAAUUCUACAAAUGCAGAGGAAAAACCAUCAGUUGAAAUAUUUAACAUCAAAGAAGACUGGGUGAGAGCAAAUUGCUUCUUAACUGAGUUUAUUCAACAAUUGAGAUAAAAUUGUUUUUUUUUAUAAAUGUAUAUUUACUCUUUCUUGAAUAUUUUUAAUUGUAUUUGUUAGUUGUAUACAUACCUAUAUAUGUAUAAAAUACUGGGUGUAAUUUUUAUUUAGGUACAUAAUUUUAUGUAUUGUAGGAGAACUGAAAAUAUAUAUUAGCUUGUAUUUAUGCUAUCAACUUGCUACAGUUGUAGUAAGUAAAAGCAUCGAUGUUAAAUUAUUUGAAGAUUUUAUUUAAAUUUUUGUUUAUAAAUGCUUUUUGAUGUUGCUUUUAAUGAAAUAAACUGCUGAAAAUGUCCUGUAAAGGUCUCAGGUGUAUUUGAUAAACAAUACUAAACAAUAAAUUAUAAGCGUGUAAUUUAUUAAUUAUUAUUGAUAUAAUCUGUAUUUAUAAAAUGCCCUUUAAAAAUAAAAUCAACUAAAAAGA